AUGUCAGUCCGACCAGUGAAUCCAUCUUUUGAAAUUGGAGGGUCCGUCUUCAACAGCCUCAAUGCGCUCCGCAGCCUCAUCGCCGCAACCAGCGAAGACGAUGUCCACACGCAGGCGGUGCUAGCCGUUGAACAGCUUGGUGCGUGUGUCCCGGUCUCCCCUGAACGUAUCGACGAGGCGGUGAAUGCCCUCGGUGGUCAAACUUCUAUCCCUGUUCAGAAUCUGAAAGCCUCGAUUGGUAUCACCUCAGGCGGGUUGUGCAUGGUAAUGCGGCAAUCCACCCCUCUGCUCCAGUUCUUUGUGUUGUGUGCUGCCUGCAAAGUGACGCUCCUGGAUGAAGAAUGCGGCAAUCUGAUGUUUGAAAUGCUCAAGACUUCCAAAGUACUGGCAAAGCUUCCGUGUUCUGCGGUCCAAAUUACCCGCAUGAUCAGCCAAGUCUCUGGCCAGGCAGGCCUUGUCGCUCCAGUCGACAUGAUGCAUGAGGUCGCGUCAGCUGUCGACGAGCGAGGUCCCACCCCUGACAUUUUCCGAAGAAUGGAAGUCAAUGUCCUGGCGGAAAUGCUAAUAGCGCUAUUUGAACAAAUUAGAGAUGAAACUGUCGACGGAAUCACGCUUGUCGGCCAUCAGAAUUGCGUCUGGCUUGCUUCGUCUCUCCUCUGGCUCUUCGGGGACAGAUCAUGUUUGACCAUCGAUGACACCGUCAUCAAAGGCGACGUUGGAGCCAAAUUAUGUAUCCACAUCGAGCCAGUCAAGGAUAUACCUUGGAAUAUGCAAGUUUUCAGGAAAAGUGAAGAUCCAACCGAGUUUGUCUUCGAAAUAUCUUCCGACGAGUCUGAUUCCCUUGGCCAGAUUCCUAUUCGAUCCUUGAAAUCAUUUCUGGGUCAGUAUUACUGGAGCGCGUUUGAGAGCGCAACAAUGCGCAGAGAAGCCGCCAUCGCCUCGGGGAAAGUCGCGCAAACUCUCAUACUGGCCAUUUCGCAGCGCGGACUAUUGUAUCUUGAGUGUGCAGAUUGCAGAGCACCGACAUACUGCAACAAAGCAUCGCUGGCCGAUGUUGCUCACACCCUCUGGCUUGCAAAGGUCGAACGAAUAGUCAUAGACUAUGGAUGGAGCGCUGAAGAUGGAGCUAGUUUUGAUCCCGGUUUACUCGCAGCCAUACUAAAAGUGGUGGACGACUGGCGUCGUGGAAUUCCACUGUCAAUGGUGAAUGUUGAGGACGUUGUGUCACCCAUCAAACAUCUAUGCCGGAAUUUUAUCCUUUCUUGCAUUUCCGAAGCCGGAGUCGAGACCGACUACGUCCUUGAUCCUGCUUUGUACGUGGCCGCGGAUGCUGCUGUCACAUGCACCACCUUCUUCGAAAGAGGGAGUCGGUUCAUCAAGCCCCUCGACCAUGAGAUACUCGAGUUUGCCGACUUCACAGUGGCUAAUGUCCUUUCAGGCGGAUUGGAAGUUUCAGACUUCCGAAAGCACGCCUUCAGGCAAUUGCUUCCUGGUCUCGAUACUUGGCAUGACUGUGAUCUUGUGGUAGCCAGGGACGGAUACGUCGCUGGAAUGGAUAUCCUGUGGACAGAGAGCGCUGGCCAUCCAGAUGCAUUGAAAAUUCGAAUGCAACUAGGCCAAAUCAAAAAGGACCAGGUGCUUUACAGUUCGAUCCGCGAAGCCCCAUUCGUCUCCAGGGCCUUGAACCUUUCUACAGUGCCGGCUUUCGAUGCUGUGAAAGGCUUCGUCAUGCCAGAAGUUGGCUGGCAGCAUCCGAUCAAGGACAGGCUGUACUCAUUCGAUACCUUUGCCUCGACCAACGGCACGCGGCUUGAACUCAAGCACUACAUGAGGUACACUGACAGUCUGACCAAAUCGGCGCAGCGGCGAAAGGCGUCCUGGGUCAGUGCGAUCGACGUUUUGGCAACCGCCACACAUCUGGACCUCGAGUCUCAAAUGACGGCGUCGCUGAGCAAUACUCUCAAUAUGCGAUUGACGCGGCAGCUCUUGGGCAAUGUUUACUGGGCUGAUCCCUUCUCUGAGCCUAACCUGGACCGUGGAAUGCGGAUUCUAAUUCGGGCUGGGCCGGUUUACAACAAAGUAAAGAUCUUUGGCGCAGGAAUCUGUAAUGAAGCCCAACAUAAAGUAUGCUGUCAAAUCUUCAUACGACAUCGAAGCCCUCUGUUGCAAUGUAUUGAGCGAGCUGAGUCUGCCAGGUUGCGCGACGAUUGCUCGUGGGUAAUCGUGGAUUAA